AGGAGCUGCCGGACACGGGGAGACACCGGGGGGUCGCUGAGCGGCAGGAACAUGAUGUCGGACGCAAGUGAAAUGUUGGCCGCGGCCUUGGAGCAAAUGGACGGAAUUAUUGCCGGCUCCAAGGCCCUGGAAUUCACCAAUGGGAUAUUCGACUGUCAGUCUCCCACCUCCCCCUUCAUGGGAAACCUCCGGGCGCUGCAGCUCAUCGAGGAUCUUCGGGGGAUGUUGGAGAUGAUGGAGACGGAUGAGCGAGACGGACUGCGCGGCCAACUGCCAGAUUCUACUGCCGACGUCCUGGUGGAGUGGCUGCAGUGUCACAUGGUAAAUGGACACAUAUCCGGCAACACCGACGUUUACCAGGAGAGGUUGACCCGGCUGGAGAACGAUAAGGAGUCACUCGUCCUGCAGGUGAGCGUCCUGACCGACCAGGUGGAAGCGCAAGGGGAGAAGAUCCGGGAUCUGGAGUUCUGUCUGGAGGAGCACAGAGAGAAGCUGAACGACACGGAGGAAAUGCUCCAGCAGGAACUUUUGAGUCGAACGUCUCUGGAAAGCCAAAAACUGGACCUGAUGGCCGAGAUCUCUAACCUGAAGCUGAAGUUGGCCACCGUGGAGAAGGACCACAAAGAGUUUGAGGAGAGGUACAAAGACACAGAGGGACUGAUGCAGGAGAUGAACGAGUUGCGACUCCGAGUCUCUGAGAUGGAGAAUGAGAGGUCUCAGUUUGAGAAGAAGCUGAAAUCAACAAAGGAUGAACUGUCGCUGCUGAAGGAGGAGCUGGAACAGAAAGAGGCCGAUUUAAAGACAAUGAAAGAGAACGUAGAGCGACCCCCGGAGGUGACUGACAUGAGCGCAGGCAAUGCAAAAGAUUUGGAGAUGCAGAAGAUGAAGAAGGCGAUAGAAUCGUUAAUGGCUGUGAAUGAAGAGAAGGAGCAGAAGAUGGAGGAGCUCAGACAGUGUCUCAGCAGGUACAAGAAGGUGCAGGACAUGGUGGUUUUGGCGCAGGGUAAAAAAGGCAAAGAAGUGGAAAGUGACGACUCCGUGAUUUCCGGCUCCAAUUCUCUCGUAUUCGAUGGCAACGCGCUCAGCGACGCUGACAAAAGCCCCUCCCCUCUCCCAAUAUCCACCACCCCCAGCCCAGAGGAACUCCCUGCGGAUCCGCAGCCCAAGGUGGAGAUGCACACGAGUAUCCUGCAAGUCUCCCUCCCCUCAAUCAGACCCUUCCAGCAGCAGAAUGAAGUGUCAGCUCCUGCUCCCAGUGAGGAGGCCCCUCCCCCUGACGUUGGGGAUGCUCAGACCUCCAGUCUGUCUGCAGAUGUCACAACCCCAGAGCCCCCGGGAUCUCCUGUAAAGAAAUGCAGCAGUUUGGGGAACCUGGAGAAGGAACCUGCAGAGCUGGGAACGGCUUCUCCAGAAUUGGGCAAGUUCCAAACCCUCCCCCCGCGGCCCCCCGCCACCGACGAUGAGAGUUUUGGAAGUCGUAAGUCCAGGUCUUCCUUCGGCCGAGGUUUCUUUAAGAUGAAAAACAGCAAGAAGACGUCGAGUACCCCCAAUCUAGACACGGAGAAGGGCUCCACAGACCACCUGGAUCUGGCAGUGUCUUCCCCGAAUUCUGUGGAAGGAGGAAGCCCCCGCAGCUCCCCGUCUUCUCCCGACUACAAGAAGAAAACGAGCGGAAUAAGGAAACUGUUUGGGAAGCUGAAGAGAAGUCAGUCCACGACAUUGAACCAGGAAGAUGAUCUGCUGGAGGAAGAAUUUAAGAGGGGCGGAACAAGAUCGACGGCUGGGCCUAGACUUGGCUGGUCCCGUGAUCUGGGUCAAGUGAACAGUGAGCUGGACACGCCGUUUGCUAAGUGGACGAAGGAUCAAGUCUGCUCGUGGCUUCGGGAUCAAGGAUUGGGCGGUUACGUAAAUAGUUGCAAGCAGUGGAUCGUCUCAGGACAGACUUUACUUCACGCCUCUCAGCAGGAUCUGGAGAAGGAACUGGGGAUCAAACAGCCGUUGCACAGGAAGAAGCUCCAGUUGGCUCUGCAGUCGCUGGGGUCGGAGGACGAGAGCAAUUAUGGGAGAUUAGACUACAGAUGGGUGACCCGGUGGCUGGACGAUAUCGGGCUCCCCCAGUACAAGACCCAGUUUGAUGACGCCAAGCUUGAUGGGCGGAUGCUCCACUAUUUGGCCGUGGAGGAUCUGCUCUCCCUGAAAGUGGUCAGUGUCCUCCACCAUCUCAGUAUAAAGAGAGCCAUUCAGCUUCUGCGCAUCAACAGCUUCGAGCCCAACUGUCUGCGCCGGCGCCCGUCUGAUGAGAGUAACAUCAGCCCCUCGGAGGUGGCUCAGUGGACCAAUCACAGGGUCAUGGAGUGGUUGCGUUCGGUGGAUCUGGCAGAAUACGCCCCGAAUUUGCGGGGGAGCGGGGUGCACGGGGGGUUAAUGGUUCUUGAGCCUCGUUUUAAUGUGGAGACAAUGGCCCAGUUACUGAAUAUCCCACCCAACAAGACCCUCCUGCGCCGGCACUUAGCCACCCACUUCAACCUCCUCAUUGGCCAACAGGCCCAGAUACAGAAACAGGAAGCCCUGGCGUCCCCAGAAUAUGUGCUCCUGACUGCCACCGCUAAAGUAAAGCCAAAGAAACUGGCAUUCAGUAACUUUGGAACGUUGCGGAAGAAGAAGCAGGAGGAGGUGGAGGAAUACGUGUGUCCGAUGGAUUUGGAUCAGAAUUCUGGCGACGGGAUAAUAAAGCCCCUGAGGCCCAGUCUGGACCUGCGCAUGUUGAACGAUGACGAUUUGGACCGACUGGAGCAGAUGGAGGAUUCGGAGGGGACGGUGAGGCAAAUCGGGGCGUUCUCUGAAGGAAUAAACAAUCUGACACACAUGCUGAAGGAGGACGACAUGUUUAAGGAUUACUCCGCCCGGUCGCCCAGCGCCAGCAUCACAGACGAGGACUCCAACGUGUGACAAUCCAUCCGUCGAGUCCCGCCUCCUGCGUCUUUUGUAACUUCCCUGGUCCAGGAUUUUACUCUUCUGUAUUUUAACGGUUCGAGUCGGAGAGAGAGGAGAGAAUGUGCCUAUUGGUUCAGCUGCAAUAAUUGAGAAUCUCAGCGUCGUCAUAGGGUUAAUAUGUGAGAGAGCUGUAUAGGGUUAAUGUGAGAGAGCUGCAUAGGGUUAAUGUGAGAGAGCUGUAUAGGGUUAAUGUGAGAGAGCUGCAUAGGGUUAAUGCGAGAGAGCUGCAUAGGGUUAAUGUGAGAGAGCUGCAUAGGGUUAAUGCGAGAGAGCUGCAUAGGGUUAAUGUGAGAGAGCUGCAUAGGGUUAAUGUGAGAGAGCUGCAUAGGGUUAAUGUGAGAGAGCUGCAUAGGGUUAAUGUGAGAGAGCUGCAUAGGGUUAAUGUCAGAGAGCUGCAUAGGGUUAAUGGGAGAGAGCUGCAGGGCGCCCCCUAUUGUCUGCUACUGCUGAGAUACUCGAUACCAUUAAGCUAUACUGCUCUGUUUAUUAUAGACUGCUCUCUCCUGGGCUGCUCUGUCAAUAACGGUGGGGUAAUUAGAGGGUUAAAGGGGGUGUUCACCUUUAAAUUAACUGUUAGUAUGAUGUAGAGAGUGAUAUUCUGAGACAGUUUGCAAUUGGUUUUCCUUUGUUAUUAUUUUUUUAUUUUUGACUUAUUUAGCUUUUUAUUCAGCAGCUCUCCAGUUUAUUUCAGUAGUCUGGUUGCUAGGGUCCAAAUUCCCCUAGCAACCAUACACUGAUUUGAAUAAGAGACUGGAGAGGCCUGAUUGGAAAUAAAAAGUAACACUACCUAUGUCGCCUUACAGAGCAUUUGUUUCUAGAUGGGGUCAGUGACCCCAUUUUGAAAGCUGGAAGGAGUCAGACAAAAAGGCAAAUCAUUGAAAAGUAUCAAAAAUAACGAGGACCAAUUGCAAAGUUGCCUAGAAUUGGACAUUCUAUUACUGGAGACUGGAAUAUGAAUAGGAGAGGCCUGAAUACACAGAUGAUAAUAAUACAUUUGUAGCUUUACAGAGCAUUUGUUUUUAUAAAUGGGGUCAGUGACCCCUAUUAGAAAGCUGGAAAGAGCACCCGGGCCCCCAGACUGUGCUCCCCUUAUUGUCAGACCUCUGUCACUGGGCUGUCCAAAUUGCCCCCCAAAUUUUUCAGUCAUGGAGCUAGAAAAGAAGUCUUAUUUAGUGGCAGUCGUUUCUGGGGAGGUAUUUCCUGCUACUCACGUAUCAACUUCCUGUCUGGCUAAUGCACAGCAGUCCAGUCUCACUUUAUGGCAGGGAUUCUGCCUCUUAUAGUAAGAGACAGUGAGUCAGGCAAAGGCAGGAAUCCAGAAUCUGGAGGGAGGGGAGAUCUCUAGGCUACAGCGGAAUAAACAAUAGAAACCCUGUGUCUCACUUUUCUAGUAGUGGUUACAGGGCUUCACUUUCAGAGAGAGGAGGCAGAGCAGGGAAAGUAGGUGAAAUGUUCUCAAAACCUAAUGACAUGGUCGGUAACUAUAGCAACCAGACAGCUUAAAUUGCAGGCGGCUCAGAAACCCGUAUCCACCCCAAAAUAUAGGUCAUUAAAAGCUU